AUGAUAGGAAGAUUCAAAAGUCCAAGGUGUUUUAAAAAUUUCAACAUUGGAAAAUAUGUUACCUACAUCCAUUCCAAUAAGGCAUUGAUGAACCGUGAAAUUUUUAACAAGUGGCUCAGUGAUUUUGAUUGUGAACUUGCGAAGAAAAAAAGAAAAAUUCUACUUGCAAUAGAUCAAUGUCCAUCUCAUCAAAUUAUUGUCACGUUAAAUUCAAUUGAAAUUCUUUUUUUGCCUCCUAGAACUUCCUCGCUCUUGCAACCAAUGGAUCAAGGAAUUAUAAAAUGCUUUAAAGCCGAAUUUACCAAUUUGAAAAUAAAUGAUAUAAUCGAAAAGGUUGAGGCAGGGGAAAAUUGUCAGAAUGCAAUUAAUGCAAUCACCCUUAAAACUGCUGCGACAUUAACAUUUUUCGCUUGGAAUAAAGUUACUCCUACAACCAUCAAAAAUUGUUUCCGUCAUGCACAGUGGAUAAAAUGUGAAACAAUCACAAUCAACAGUGAAUCUAAGAACUACGAAAAUAAUUAUGAAGAAAUAAUUAAGAAAUUUCAAAUUGACGAUCCAAUAUCUUAUAGUGAAUUUGUUGAUUAUGGAUAUACUGAAAAUGAAUUCAAUCAGUUAGUGAUUUUAUUUAAUAAUUAUAUUUAG